AUGUUCCCCAGCCCUGCGCUCACGCCCACACCGUUCUCGGUCAAAGACAUCCUGAACCUGGAGCAGCAGCAGCGCAGCCUGGCCGCCGGCGAGCUUUCGGCGCGCCUGGAGGCCACCCUGGCGCCCGCCUCCUGCAUGCUGGCCGCCUUCAAGCCCGAGGCCUACGCGGGGCCCGAGUCUAUAUACGCGCGCCUAUAGCGACCCCGACCCUGCCAAGGACCUUCGAGCUGAAAAGAAAGGUGAGGAAGAAACACAACACCCUUCUCCCUUCCGGGUCACUUUUGUCCCCAAACCCCGGCGCCAAGGCGACAUUGUCGCCAGUAUACGCGCGCCUAUAGCGACCCCGACCCUGCCAAGGACCUUCGAGCUGAAAAGAAAGAGCUAUGCGCGCUGCAGAAGGCGGUGGAGCUGGAGAAGCCGGAGACCGACGGCACCGAGCGACCCCGGGCACGGCGAAGGAGGAAGCCGCGCGUGCUCUUCUCGCAGGCGCAGGUCUACGAGCUGGAGAGGCGCUUCAAGCAGCAGCGGUACCUGUCGGCCCCCGAGCGCGACCAGCUGGCCAGCGUGUUAAAGCUCACGUCCACGCAGGUCAAGAUCUGGUUCCAGAACCGGCGCUACAAGUGCAAGCGGCAGCGGCAGGACCAGACUCUGGAGCUGGUGGGGCUGCCCCCGCCGCCGCCGCCGGCCCGCAGGAUCGCGGUGCCCGUGCUGGUGCGCGAUGGCAAGCCCUGCCUCGGGGACUCGGCGCCCUACGCGCCAGCCUACGGCGUAGGCCUCAACGCCUACGGUUAUAACGCCUACUCCGCGUACCCGGGUUACGGUGGCGCAGCCUGCACCCCUGGCUACAGCUGCGCCGCCGCCUACCCGGCCGGGCCACCUCCGGCGCAGUCGGCUACGGCCGCCGCCAACAACAACUUCGUGAACUUCGGCGUCGGGGACUUGAACGCGGUGCAGAGCCCCGGGAUUCCGCAGGGCAACUCGGGGGUGUCCACGCUGCACGGUAUCCGAGCCUGGUAG